AUGACCAUGCAACAGAACAACCGGGCACUUGGCCCGACAGUCCCGCUCAUUAUUGGCAAUAAAGAUAUAUUGACCUCAAAAACGUUUGAUGUCUCAAAUCCCGGGCAAGGCUACAUCGAGCAUCAAUUCAGCUCGGCGACUGUGAUAGAGGCCAUCCAGGCUGCGGAUUCGGCACAAAAGGCCUUCCCUUCGUGGUCAAAGACCAAGCCGUCUGUUCGUCGAGACAUCUUGCUGAAGACCGCGGACACCUUCCUGGCACAGAAGGAUGAUUUCAUCCGCUACAUGUGUGACGAAACGGGAUCCCAGGUUCCAUACGCGGAUUUCAUAUUCAUGCUUGGCGUGAAUCUUCUGAAGGAUGUCGCCGGCAAAGUCUCUGGUAUCUCAGCCACUAUGCCAGUCGUUACCGAGGAGGGAACCAGCGCAGCUGUCUAUAAGCAGCCGUACGGCAUUAUUCUGGGAAUUGCACCCUGGAAUGCACCAUAUAUUUUGGGCACUCGCGCAGUUGCUCUUGCGCUCGCUGCUGGAAACACUGUGGUGCUGAAAGGCUCAGAGCUGUCCCCCAAAUGCUUCUGGGCUAUUGGAGACGCAUUUCAACGUGCCGGGCUACCCGAAGGCUGCCUUAACGUGGUCUACUCUCAACCAGAAGAGGCCCAGGAAGUUACCACGGCACUCGUCGCCCACCCGGCCGUCAAAAAGUUGAGCUUUACUGGAAGCACGGUCGUGGGUCGCAAGAUUGCAAGCAUUGCGGCCCAGUAUAUUAAACCGGCGAUCUUAGAAUUGGGAGGGAAAGCUCCAACUAUUGUGCUCGACGAUGCCAAUUUGGAAAAGGCGGCAAUGGGCGCUGUAUUAGGCUCGUUUAUUCACGCUGGUCAAGUUUGCAUGUGCACAGAGCGUAUCAUUGUUCACAGCGCUGUGGCUGAUAACUUUCGUCUCGCGUUGAAGAAGGCAUUCGAGACAAUUUUGGGAGGCCCCAAUACUGAGCUGGUCGCCAUUAAUGCGGCUGCAAUUACUAAGAAUAAGAACUUGGUCACAGAUGCUCUUGUCAAAGGCGGAAAGAUCCUGAUCGGAGACACAGUUACCGCCACAACGUCCGACACCCGCAUGAGGGCUGUCAUUCUGGAAAAUGUUACCAAGGAUAUGGAUAUCUACGGCACGGAAAGUUUUGGUCCCACUGUGUCUCUCUUCGAGGUCAACAGUGACGAAGAAGCUAUUGAGCUCGCCAACGACACCGAGUACGGCCUGAGUGCAGCAGUAUAUACUAAUAACUUAGCAAGAGGUUUGCGGGUUGCUCGACAAAUUGACUCUGGUGCCGUGCAUCUCAACUCAAUGACUGUUCACGAUGAAGCUGCGCUUCCGCACGGUGGGGUCAAGGCCAGCGGCUAUGGACGCUUCGGAGCCAAUAUGCUAGAUGAGUUCCUGUGGACGAAGUCGGUUACCUGGGAUGAUUAG